GCGGCACCACAUCUUGAGUUUUGAUGAUAGGCAUAAAAUGCCUGAUGUUUCCAUAAAUUGAAGAAAAUCUAAGUAAUCCCUUAGUUGCAGCCAACUUUAACGACAAAAUAGAGGCAAGAAGUUUUCACGGAGUCAAGGAAAAGACAGAAUAAACGAAACCACUCCCGUAAAAACAUGUCUGCUAUGUUUGAUUGAUUGACUGCAGCUACAGUGAAAACUUCCAGAGGUUAUUCUUCUACGAGGACAAGAUGUCGGACGACGAUUCGAAGAAGGGCCUGCAGUACCAGCAGCAGGAACGGCAGUUUCGCUCACUGAUAAGGGCUUGGCGGCAGGCGGCCAACAAACUUAGAGCUGCCCUCAUUGAUGAAGAACUUAUCUUAGUAAUUAAACAACAGAGAGAUGAAGUACAGGCAGCUAUAGAUAAUGCAUCGAUGCUGCAGGAGUCUCUUAGUAAGACUAAAGAGGCAUUAAAUCUGGAUGAUGACAGCAUUGACAGAAUCGAAGAGAUUGAGGAGCAACAUACCGAACUGAUGAAGGAAACUCACAUUCGAAUGAAGGCUCUACAAGUAGGCUCCUAAAAUUCAACGUCAUCUAGACAUUCCUCCAAACGUUCAUCACAAAAGGAGGUUGAAUGCAAACGGUGGGUUAAUGCUGACAACCAAGAUGAUUCUCCCACAGAGAAAAUGACUCCAAGUGCUCAAGUUCUUGGAACAAGUGAUCAAUUAGCAGCAACCAUACUGGACCAGAUGAGUCUCAAUCACCUGCCCCCUCCAGAACCGCCUGUGUUUGAUGGGAGUUCUCUGCAAUAUCCCACAUGGAAAAGAAGCUAUGACCUGCUGAUAGAAAGAAAGAACAUAAGGACAGAGGAUAAGUUCUAUUAUCUUCUGAAAUACUUGAAGGGACAACCCUUACAACUAGUUCAAGGUUAUUCAUUGUUAGGUGAUGCCUUCUCCUAUGCUGCAGCUAAACAGGCCUUGGAAAGUAGGUAUGGCGAUCCCUUUGUUCUGUCCAAUGCCUACAGAGACAAGUUAGAAUCCUGGCCGAGAAUCAACAAAAGGGAUAGCCAAGGCCUACGAAUGCUGUCUGAUUUCUUGAAACAGUGCUGUACAGCAAUGCAAACCAUAGGAAAUCUGGCGCAAUUGGACGAUGAGAGGGAAAAUAGAAAGAUCCUGGCCAAACUUCCAGACCAUCUCAUCAUAAGCUGGGGUAAAAGAGUUGCCAAAUGGAGAGAAACUCAUAGAAACACCUUCCCUUCAUUUCAAGCAUUUAGCAACUUCAUCGAGGAAGAAGCUAACAUCGCAUGUGAUCCUGUUACCUCACUGAAUAGUGUAAAGGAGCUGAAGGUAGAGAAGAAGCGGACCGUGUUGGGUGCGAUAUCCAUGUACACCUCAACAGAUCAACGCCCACAGCCUCCAAGAAAAGGAAGGAAGCAGGAGCAAGUCUGUUUGCUUUGUAAGGAACAUCAUCAGCUAGGAAUUUGUCAGAAGUUCCUUUCAAUGACCUUGAAAGAACGAAAGAACUAUGUUCGAGAGAAUGGACUGUGUUAUGGCUGUCUCAAACGAGGGCACACUUCAAGGGAAUGUAACAGGAAGCACACAUGUAGUGUCUGCAAAAAACGACAUCCCACAUCUCUUCAUGAAUAUUGGAACAGAAGUGACGAAGAGAGCCACAGUGUGCAGAUGGGGGCCCAGCCUGCCAAUGACAGCUCUUGGCCAAUAGAGCAACUCAGAACAUCAAGUUCCCAUACCACAGUAAAUCACAUGACUAAGAACAGGCAGGCUGUAAGGUGUUCUUCGGUCGUUCCAGUCUGGAUAUCUCAGAAGGACAGCAUUGAUGAGAGACUGAUCUAUGCGUUGUUAGACACACAGUCUGACACAACAUUCUUGCUGGAGUCUACCAAAGAAGCGAUGAACCUACAUGGUUCAAAGGUAAAUCUUCUUCUCUCUACCAUGUCAAGGAAAAAUGAAAGGAUACCUAGCGAGAAGAUUCAAGGUCUAACAGUUCGUGCCCACAACAGCACAAAGGUAAUCAAUCUUCCUGCAGUGUAUACUCGAGACAUUAUGCCUGCCAACAGGGAGCAUAUUCCUGUACCUGAAGUGGCAGCCUCGUUUCCUCACCUGACUGAAAUUGCAGAGGAACUGUUACCACUUCAAGAAUGUGAGGUUGGACUGCUCAUCGGAUAUGACUGCGCCAGUGCUCUAACUCCUCGCAACAUAAUUCCUUCCCCUGAUGGAGAUGGACCGUUUGGUAUGAAAACUGACUUAGGUUGGAGCAUCGUUGGCGUAGCUAACCAGAAGGAGUUUGAAGUCAGCCCUGACGACAGAAUAGGGUUCAGUCAUCGCCUCAUCACUUAUGAGAUACCUAAUGAGCUGAACGAGAACACGACUUCAAAGGGAAAGAGUGUGAUAUUUUCGCACAAUGUCACUAUCAAGGAAGAAAUAAAUCCUUCGUCAGUGCUUAGGAUGCUGGAAGCUGAUUUCUCUGAUCUCAGAAGCAGUAAAGAACCCUUCUCACAGAAUGAUGUAAGGUUCAUGAGAAUCAUGAAAGAUAAUGUUCGAGUGUUAGAUGAUGGACAUUAUGAGACCCCACUCCCAUUCAAGGAAAAUGCUCCAAAACUGCCAAACAACAGAUAUAUGGCAGAUAAGAGACUGCAACAUCUGAAAAGGAAGUUUGAAAGAGAUCCAAACUACCACCGUAGCUACACAGAAAAGAUGGAAGCACUCCUUGAGAAGGGAUACGCAGAGCUAGCACCAGAACUCAAGGCAGAGGAUAGUCCAGUGUGGUAUAUCCCUCAUCAUGGCGUUAUACAGCCUAACAAACUUCGGGUUGUGUAUGACUGCAGUGCUCAAUGUAAAGGACAAUCUCUAAAUGAUCAUCUCCUUACUGGACCAGACCUGACGAAUGCACUUGUAGGUGUACUCUGCCGAUUUAGGAAGGACGAGAUUGCAUUUAGCUGUGAUAUAAAGGAAAUGUUUCACCAAUUCAGAGUGAGAGAGGACCACCGUGACUACCUGAGAUAUCUGUGGUGGAAGAAUGGAAAUAUCCAUCAAGAUCCUAUGGAGCUACGUAUGACUGUCCAUUUGUUUGGAGCAUCUUCCUCGCCAGGCUGCUCCAAUUUCUGCUUGAAGCAAAUAGCUACUGACCAUGCAGAUAAAUUUGGAGAUGACGUGAAGGACUUUAUCCAUCGAGAUUUCUACGUGGAUGAUGGAUUGAAAUCUGUCCCUUCUGCUAAGGAUGCCGUUGAUCUAGCUUCAAGAACGAGGCAGUUAUGUGAGAAGGGUGGACUACAUCUACACAAAUUCAUAUCAAACAACAAAGAAGUAAUGGAAUCUGUUCCAGAGCCAGAUAGAGCGAAAGGAGUCUCAAAGACGGAUCUUCUGGGAACCGACUCACCAAUGGAAAAGGCUCUGGGAGUGUUAUGGUGUAUCGAGUCUGACACACUGAAGUUCAGACUCACUCUACACGACAAACCCCUGACGAGAAGAGGAGUGUUAGCCACUGUCAUGUCAAUAUAUGAUCCACUAGGUCUGCUGGCACCAGUCAUACUACGAGGCAAACAGAUCUUGCAAGAACUAUGCAAGAAAGCAGUAGACUGGGACGAUGAACUGCCUGAUGACCAGAGGAGUAAAUGGGAGAAAUGGAGAGCUGAUUUACUCAAUCUCGACUUGAUAUCCAUACAGCGAUGCUACAAGCCUGCUGGAUUUGGAGAUGUCAAGAAAAUGCAGCUUCAUCACUUUUCUGAUGCUAGCACUACUGGUUAUGGCGAGUGUACAUAUCUAAGGCUAACCAAUGAUGAAGGCAAGGUGCACUGUACACUGUUGAUGGGAAAAGCCAGAGUGGUACCUCUCAAACCUAUCACUGUGCCACGUCUGGAAUUGACUGCCGCAGUAAUCUCAGUCAAGAUCAGUGCAUUUCUCCAGAGAGAACUUGUACCCCCAAACACGGAAGAGUUCUAUUGGACAGACAGUAAUGUAGUGAUGGGGUACAUUAACAAUGACACAAAGCGAUUUCACGUGUUCGUCGCUAACCGUAUACAUCAGAUUAGACAGCACUCUACCCCAUCACAAUGGAAACAUGUGGGAACACAUGAUAACCCUGCUGACCUUGCAUCCCGGGGAGCUACAGUCAACCAACUCCUGUCAUCUUCAUGGUUCAAUGGUCCAGAGUUCCUUUGGGAGAAUAAGGCAGAUGAGUUCAAACAAGAGGAUGAGUUUGAUGUAGAACCAGAUGAUCCAGAAGUAAAGAAAGCUCAUACAAACAUUGUACGGGGCCACUCUAAGCCUUGUGCCUUUGAGAUUGAUCGAUUGGAUAGAUUCUCCUGUUGGAUCAGAGCUAAAAGGGCAGUAGCAAACUGCCUAAGACUGAAGUCUCUCUUGAAACAGCAAUGUCGAGAACGAGGUCUUCCCAUCUCGUCCCGCACCAGAAAGAGUUCUCACCAGAUCGUACCACACAAACUAACUAUGAAGGAACUGAACCAAGCCCAAUUGGAAAUCUUGAAGGCUGUACAAAGAGAUGAAUUCCAUGAUGAGUUGACGGCUAUACAGAACCGAGCAGCCAAAGGUAAUGACAUGAAUACAGGCAAGAGAUACAGACGUAAGCAUCAAGGCUAUAGUCGGUUUCACCGUCUUGACCCUUUCGUCGACUCUGAUGGGAUACUAAGAGUAGGUGGACGUCUCACAUGUGCUGCAGGUUCUUAUGAGAGUAAGCAUCCAGUUAUUCUACCCAAGAACCACCAUAUCACAGAGCUGAUAAUAAGACAUUGCCACAUUCAAACAGCCCACCAGGGUCGAGGCAUGACCACCAACCAGUUGAGGUCAAGCGGUUUCUGGGUCGUAUCUGGGAGCUCGACGAUCUCAAGAUUCAUUAAUAAGUGUGUCACCUGCCGUAGGCUACGCGGUGAAUCUCAGUGGCAGAAGAUGUCAAACCUGCCAAAGGACAGAGUUGAACCUUCACCACCCUUUACAUACAGCUGCAUGGAUGUUUUCGGUCCUUGGGUGAUAAAGGACGGCCGGAGAGAACUAAAGAGAUACGGCCUCCUCUUCAGCUGCAUGGCUUCUAGGGCUGUACACAUAGAGACUCUUAACUCAAUGACAAGUGACUCUUUCAUUAAUGCUCUCCGACGAUUCCUAUCCAUUAGAGGUCCUGUCCGUCAACUUCGUUCUGACAGAGGCACAAACUUCAGGGUCAUUCUCAGAAAAAUGCUACAAUUGAUGGGAGGAAAAAUCGUAAAAAUAAAAUCUACAAAAUGGAUUGAAAAAUACAGAUUGUGAAAGUACCAUGUAUGAGAAAGUGGCAACAGAAAAGGGGCAUGUCGCUGUUGCGUCAAUUUGAAGUACUGACCGGAUUAACUCAAGCACUGUAUAUCAACGUUACGGAGGUUAAUCGUUAGCAUUGUUCACUUAUGUUACUCAAUUAAAUCACCUUUGAAAUGAUUGAAAUAGAAAUGCACACCAUUAAGUUUCAGUGUGGUAUCAACAAUUUUAUUUACUGAAGCAAAAAUGUUUGCAAGAUAGAAAAAAUAUUCAAUAUUCUUUUUCAGAAGCAGGAUUUUACCAAAUAACAUUUAACAAAAAGAACCAUAAAAAUCAUUGCACAUCUUUCGUUCAGUUUAAUGUUCAUAAUUUGAAUGAGGCAACCUUAAAAUAACUUUCAUCCAUAACCUGAGAUCCUAAGCAAUGCAUGACCAAUGCUGGGAAUCAAAAGAUACUUUACCAUCAAAUCCUCGAGUGGCAUUUACCCUUGUCAAUCUUCGUUACGGAAGUUAAAUGAAGUUACAAAUUGCAGUAUUUAUUUGUUAGCUUAGGAAAAUCCAUAUUUAGGUAUUCGUAUAACCUUUUAUUAAUAAAUAAAGAUAAAUGUGGAACGCAUAGCUUAAUUUGCCAACCCCGCCCCCUAAAAAAAUGUAAAAAACAUAAACAGGAAACGGAAACUGUAAUUUUAUUGUCGUUCUUGUUCAAAGUUGGAAUGAAAAAACCGAAUAACCGGGCAACAGAAUUACAGUUCAUCUUUAAAGUUUCUGGCAAUAAACAAAAUAUAACAAUCGCAGUCCCGUUACCAGGAUGAGUUCUCUGGGUUACGAGGAAUCCCGCCGCCUGCCAAUAGCCAAAAAAGAUAGAAAAAGAGGGAAAAACAUUUAAAAAAGGACAUGGG